CAAACAUCAACAAAGCUUGAAAUUUUCCUGGACCUUUUGAACAUAACGACACAACGAAUACAAAAGCGUUUCAUCUGAUACACUGACUCUAUAUUUGGACACUGAAGCUUCCUUGAUCCACGAAUACACUGAAAGCCCCAGUGGAUAAGUUCCAGUGCACGGCAAGUUCUCAAGAUGGCGACCAACAUUGCAUUAGAAACGACGAUGGGCACAAUAAUAGUUGAGCUUUAUAAUGAUCAUGCGCCCAAGACCUGCAAAAACUUCAGCACACUCACCCAACGAGGUUACUAUUCCGAUAUUCUCUUUCAUCGAAUAAUACCCAACUUCAUGCUGCAGACUGGCGACCCUACUGGUACUGGCAGAGGCGGAACUUCAAUCUAUGGUGACAAAUUCGAGGACGAGAUUUCAACCUCCUUGAAGCAUACGGGAGCAGGCAUAUUGAGCAUGGCGAAUAGUGGACCAAAUACCAAUGGAAGUCAAUUUUUUAUUACGUUGGCGCCAACGCCUUGGCUGGAUGGGAAGCAUACAAUAUUUGGGCGAGUUACGAGAGGAAUGGGAGUUGUGAAGAGGAUGGGCUUGGUUAGGACUGGGGCAGAUGACAGACCUGCGGAGGAGGUGAAGAUUGUCAGUGCUAGAAUAUUAGAAGGGGAUGCGGAUGCGGUCUGAGGAGCACCCUGGGGUCAUCGUUGCAGGAACAAAACGAAGAGAAUCCCCCGAAGUUACAUUCUGUGGAGAGCGGAGCGGGCCCAUGCACGAAUAUCUGCCAGACGACCGCGAGACUCGCACCAAAGGAGGUAGGAAAAGUAGGACGAGUCGUCCAUCAGAAAUUGCUUUCCACAAUCUACAGCCUAUAAAACGCCUGCUCAAUCCAAUCAUACAU